AUGACAUCGCGGCGGAGCGGGGGCCUAGGUGGGAAUGGUCCCCCGAGUUCUCCGAACAGCAGUUCGGAGGACAACGGGUUCACCAGCAGGCCUAAAGUAGCGGGACUGUACGUAAAGAACCUCAGCAGAGAGGAACUAGAGAUCCUUGCCGAAGAGGGGAUUUAUGGUCCUUUGGGAGAUCCCCAGGACAGGAGAGAGGACAGGGGAAGCCAGAGGAGUCUGGAUCAAGCAGGACCCAGCAAAGAGGUAGCGAAUCCGUCUUGGACCUUCACAUCGAGAACUCCCCAACCUAAAAGAAAAUCCAGAGCUCCCAGACAUCGCAGUCAUGGACGAAAGUUCGAGGAACUGCAGGUCCAGGUCUCGCAGGACUUCCCUUCUGUGGAGCCAAGAGUGCCUGAGUGCAGAUUUGACGAAAUCAACGUGCAGGUUAGAGAUAAGUUUAGUGUACCCGAAAUGGAAGAAGACGGUGGCAGGGUCUCCGGGCGUAGGCUCGAUGAUAGUCAGGAGCAGGUCAGGAAGCCCGUCGGCGCGUUCGUGUCAGGGGAGACCAAUGUUCCUGGGCGAGAUGAAGAUUCUGUCAAGAGAACUUGGAUCCAAGAUGAUCCCAACAGGGAGUUCCCGGGGCAGCAUCCAUUAUACAUACGAAAUGAUGAGAUACAGAGCACUAGGCGAUCACCUCCAUUGUACGAUGAUCCGAAUCCGCCCGAGUACGACUACGAAGAUUCCCUGUCGUCCUUGUUCCCCAGAUGUGUUACUCGGCCCAUGGAAGACCGUAAGGAAGAGAAGGCAGAAGAUCUGGAUUCAACCUUUCAAGACCGGGUAGAAACCGCAUCCGAGUCCGGUGCCGCGAGUCCUGGGAUUGCAGCUCUUUUCUCCGAAGCACCACCAUCACCUGAGGCAUCUGGAUCACCUAUCCCUGGUCCUAACCACGAAUCCGGAGGCUCGCCCCCAAAAAGGCCACCGGGAUCUAAGACUCAGGACAGUACCAGACUACGUCCCCCUCUAGCUGGGACUGCAGGCACCUCAGCCGAUUCAGGAACCGGGGAUUCCGGCAGCGCUGAGAUCCAAGCCGAGCCUCUGGGCACUCCUCAACCCUCCGGUCCAGAGACCAACAGAACGCCAGAAAUCGAGGGCAAGUCUCCAGGUGCCCGAACUCCCGGAAAGGGCGGAAAGCAGCAGGUCAAGCCCUUCACCAAAGAGAGUCUGGAUAGGCUGGAAAACAGGACCGUCCAACUGGUCAGGGAGUACGGGUUUCAACCUCGCAGGAAGACCUCAGUCGAAGAUGGGGCAGUUUUGCCCAACAAGUUUGAGCCCUUCCCCGCCAAUCUCUACGGCCGGCCGCUUGAGGAAAUUGACAACUUCAUCUACGACGAGGUGAGUGAACCAUCAAUUAGCCAUGUUACUGUCUCCGGGCAUCAUCCUGGAACGAUCAUCACACUACGUUUGGUCAUUAAUCCACACCACCUCCUUAAUUACGCUCCUUUAACUCCUUGA